AUGUCGGUCCAAGAAUAUGCGGUCAACGAGUACACCGCCAAUGCGCAACCUCACUUCAACUUGUUGAGGAUAUUGGGCGGAUGGGGCAAUGUCAACAUGCUCCGGAGCAUGCUAGCAGGCACGUCAACAGCCGCUGUCCUCGGACUCUCAGCUGCUAUCGUUGGAAGUAGCAUCUGGGGCACCGCCGCACUACCCUUCAUCGUCGGAUCCUCAUUAGGAUUCGUACUAGGAAGUACCAGAUGGUACAUUGUUGCCGUGAAAGAAUCCCUGCUGCAGCUGGACAACUACCCGGCCAUCUUGCGCCUCCACCUGAUCGCCAACUUCCCCUGGAAACCGGAGCUCGGACGCCACAACCUUGAUUGGUACAAUGCCAGACGGUUCAGCUCGACCUGGCAGAUGAAGAGUAUGCUCGUGGCGAGUUGGCUAACCGCACAGCCGGCGCUGGACGAGAUUCGGAGUCGCACUGAGGCCGCGCUGGUGGAUAACUAUCUCAGGCAAGGGGGAUUCGAAGGAGAGGAUCAGGCCGCUACGCAGCAGGAAAGUCGGUGA